AUGUCCGUUCAUCUCAAAGAAGGACAGCUUCACGUUUUACCCGACUUUCUACAUCUGAAUGAUUUGGCAUGUGAAACUAUAGGAGGAAAGGUUUUAUUUGCAACAGAUGACUUUUUUGCUCCAGCAGAAAAUCUCUUAAAGAAACAAAGACCAGUCUCUCACGCAGAUCUGUUCACUGACUAUGGGAAGUGGAGAGAUGGAUGGGAGACCAGAAGGAAACGAAUUUCGGGGCAUGAUUGGUGUAUCAUUCAACUGGGAGUGCCAGGAAUUGUUUAUGGGUUUGAGGCAGACACAUCUUAUUUUGCUGGAAACUGUGCUCCUCGGAUAUCAAUCCAAGCUGCUAAUUUAAAACAAGAGGAAAUACCAUUACUGCCACCAAGAGGGACCAGAAUAGGAACUGCAGCUUCAGAUGAAGAAUUUAAAGCUGUCAAGAAGAUGAGGUCCAAUGAAUGGGCGUUCUUGGUUCCUGUGUCAGAGAUAAAAUCAGGAGAUCUUGACAUGGGCCAAAGCUAUUUUUGUGUGACUUCGAAGCAAAAGUGUACUCACAUAAGGCUCAACAUAUAUCCAGAUGGUGGAAUUGCACGUCUAAAAGUAUAUGGCACAAUAUCGAGAGACUGGUCACUUACUGGCCCAAAUCACUUGAGUGAUUUAGUGGCAAUGGUGAAUGGAGGUAUUUGCAUUGGAUAUAGCGAUGCUCAGUUAGGUCAUCCUCAUAAUAUCCUGGGAAUAGGACGAGCAGAGUCCAUGAAAGGCGGCUGGGAGACCGGAAGAAGUCUGGAAAGACCACCAGUUUUAAAAGCUGAUGACAAAGGAAACAUCCUUAUACCAGGAAGGGAAUGGGCAGUCUUUCGACUGGGGCACUCGGGUAUAAUAACACACAUAGAAAUAGAUACCAGCCACUUUAAAGGAAACUUUCCAGAUACUUGUACACUUGAGGCCUGUAUUUUGAGCGAACAAGAAGAAAAAGACUGCAUAGCACAAAAAUGGUCCCUGAAACAGGGUACAAAAUGGAAUGUCUUGCUGCCUAUAACAAAGCUCAAGCGCGAUAAAAGACAUUUUUUUGAUGCCACUGCCAUACAAACACUAAAUGUGUGUACUCAUGUGAGACUUACUAUUGCCCCGGAUGGAGGUUUAAGUAGGAUGCGUCUCUGGGGCUUUCCACGGACUCUCUCAUAUGUGAGCAAGUAA